CAAGGUGUAAUGUACUAACCGUACGUGUUCGGUUUAUUCUUACGACCAUUCGCGUCACCUCAUGCAAACAAAAGCGUGGUCACUGAGUGCCUGCCCUGGAGCCCAAAGACUCCCUUCCUUGAUGACGUUUGUCGUGUGGGUUUUCAUCCUGCGCGCCUGCCUUUUCUCAUUCAGGGGCCCGCCAUUGUGUCCGGGCCCGCGCCCGUGUCGUUCUCAUACGUGCCUUCCAGUUGCUGCCUUCGGUUUCAACCUUUGGGAGCCAGGGGAGACUCAGAUAAGAGCUGUCGCCUCAGGCUCAAACAAGGAAGGGCCGUUGGCGGGGCUACUCCUCCCACAACAUCUAUUUCUUGAGUGCCACUUGGACCCGUCUUUCACACAAGUCCCCCCUCUUCUUCCCUCUCUUCCCCUCUCACCUUUUCUCACUUCCUCCAGUCCUUUCCACUCCAUCAGGACUUCCAUUUGCCCAAGAACUCGCAUCAGGACUCCAACCUUGACUUCGACAAGAGGGAGCUCAAGGUCACUCUCAAUCAACAAGCGCCGCGUAAGUGCCAUCGCCUCUCAUAUUUGUUUUCCCGUCUGUAUCGCACCUUGUGGCCGUCGCGAGCCUCGUCUUUGGUAUCUCGUGUCCUCCCUCACUGCCACCUCAGCUUGAUCAGGGUUUCAUUUCCGCCGCCCCCUCCAUGCCCUUCCCACAUUUGUCUG